CUUGACGUGAGGUGGGUGUUGGUUGUGUUGUUAAUUUUAAUGUUUUUAGUUUAUGAAUUGUUUACGUACGGAUUUAUUCGUUUUGGAGUGCAAUUAGAUUAUGCGGCCACGACUUAGCGGGCAUGUCUGCCCGCCAAAGCCUUCGUUUCACAUUGAGACAUCAAGUCUUGUUGCAUCACCGAGCGGACUUUAAGUUGGGUUACUUCGGGCGCUAUUUCAGCUUUACGAUUACGAUACGUCGCGUCUCGUCUUCUUACUUUCCUGUAACCCAUUAUUAAGCCAAAACAAGCUUUAAGUCAGAUUUCAAUGCCUCUCGAACGAAAAGUUCAGCCACCACGAACCUACCAGAGGACACAUCGUGGUAAUUCAAGAACACAGCCUUACAGUCUUAACGGCAACUUGUCCGGAGCGCGCAGUAGGGACGGAGCAGUGGACUUACGCGUGACGGAUGGGAAUGCUCAACAACGAAUACCGUUUACACCUCUAGCUAAAAGAUCUGGUUGUGGUACUUGUACCUGUUCAACACGCAAUGAACCAAUGCAGACAGAUGAUGCUUACUCAAAUACUCUGUUGGGAAAUGAGAUUGAAGAAACACAAAGGAUGUCACCGAACCAGUGGACGCAGAUGAAUGGGAACCAAUCGUCUUGGACAUUGGAAGGAAAUUCAAGAUUGACUUCCAGUUUCGUGAACCGCUCAAGUCAGUCAUGGUCAGAAAUCAGAACCGCGAAUAACGUUCUAUCAGAUCCAACAGCAUCAAGUUCAGAGUCAUUGACGGAAUCUGACGACUUGUUAUCAGCUAAUUCAUCCAAUAUGAUAUCCAAUUUAUCUUCAUCGGAUUCGCCUCAGCCGGUUUCUCGCUCUGUGACUACAGUCCCCGAUUACCCUUCAAUUGACGGUACCUUAAAUGCAUCUGUGCUAAGUCACUCUACUAGCGAGGAUUUGCAUAAUGUUGAUAAUCCAGAGGAAUAUUCAAACCACGAUCGGUCCAUGUACGUGAUACAAGGCGGCGGGUCGUUCAGUUCGCUGAGAGUGUCGUCGCGGUCAAUGCCGACGAUGCCGCCGCCCUCGACGCACGCCCGCCAGGUAGCCACACGGCUGAUCAGACAUGCUCGGGCUAACAAGACCCCGGACGAGCGUUCAUUGUGGUGCCCCGACUGCAGGCACCUACCCGUGCUGCCGGUCACAGGACAAUGUGGCCACACGCGUUGCACUAAAUGUAUUCAACAUCAUGGUGCAUGCCCUUGCGGUGUGCAAGAGCCAAAAAAUUUACAUGUGAAUACUUUGAUUCAAGAUUUAAUUAGAAAAAUGUUGCCGAGUAGCACUGGUGAAGGAAGUGCCGGAGACCAGACGGGGGCUUCCAAACAACCACAUAAAACUUCGCACGUGAUCGGGCAGUACACGCUGCGUGGGAGGUGUCGUCAGAGAGGCGGGCGCUACGCCACCGCUGCCGCCGCAGCUGACGUCUCUCCGCGUAAACUUAUGACGCCUGAGGCUCGCUUCGAGUUGGCCAAGCAUCUGGUGUCGUCGGGACAGCCGCGUGCCGCCGCACCGCACCUGGCGCGCGUCGCCGCAUCCUCUGACGUACUCGCGCGCUAUGCCAGGCCGCUCCUUGCUCAGACUAUAUCAGUGCUGAGCCACGGACGGGAUCCUCGGCGGUUGACUCGCGAGCUGUACCGGGCUGUGCGGGCGCAGGCCGCGUCCGCGUGGCUGAAACCCACGGAUGUGGAGUGCGUGCUGUGCUACCACGCAUACACCAGCCCCGUCUGCACGCCCUGUGGGCACACCUACUGCCGCACCUGCAUCGAGAGAUCCAUGGACUACAAAAAGUCCUGCGCUCUAUGCCUGAGGUCACUCGAGGACUUCGAUUUGGCUGCGACCAGGGAGACUGCGUUCAUCAGUUGUGCGCUUGCGUCGAUCGAUGCGCUGAGCCCGCCGCAGCCGCCGGACCCUGACGUCAUCCCGAUAUUUGUGUGCACCGUCGCAUAUCCUGCAAUCCCUUGUCCGCUGUUCAUUUUCGACCCUCGCUAUUGGCUGAUGAUCCGGAGAGUGCUGGAGUCUGGCUCGAGAAAGUUCGGCAUGGUCGCCUACGAGAGGGACCGCACCUACUCGGACUACGGCACGGUGUUAGAAGUAUGUGACUGCGUGCAUUUGGAAGACGGGCGGUCAAUCUUAUCCACUGUGGGAGUGUCCCGGUUUAGAGUGAUCGAAAGAGAUGUCCGGGAUGGGUGCGACGUGGCGCGUAUCCAGCCUUUGACAGACAUUACUCCGACAGAGGAGUUGGUGAAUUGGGAGCUGCGGAUCAUGGCCACUCAGAUCUUUUACAAGGCGCUGUUGUGGCUCAACAGCAUGGACCGUACGGUGCGCGCGGAGAUCGAGACAGCAUUUGGAAGGCUGCCGCAAUUUGAUCAUAGACAAGAAAACUGGUGGGAUAGCCCCGACGGGCCCGCCUGGCUCUGGUGGCUCAUCGCCAUCUUGCCGCUCAGAUCUGAAAUCAAGAUCCUAAUACUGUCGACAAAAAACUUGUUGAAACGUAUGAUGGCCGUUUCGCGGACGCUGGAUGCGAUCGACCAGGUGAGUAUCUCUGCCACGGCGACGUCCGAGUGCGAGCUGCGCAGCGCGCUCACCAACGCCGAGGAGUGGCUGCAGAGGACUGCCACCACACACUAACAAGAAGGACUCACAUCAAUGUGGUCAAUAAUCCCGUCCGAGAGGACAUAUCUAUAUUAUUGCGCCGUCUACUCGCGCCUUCCUCUUCCGCCUCGUGUGUCGACACAUCGAUUCCCUUAGCGAAACGAACUAUCGCUAACUCCUCUUUCUUAUUGCUCCGAGUCCUUUGCUCUAUACUCGAGUGAGCUACGUACUCAACACGUUACCCAAAUAUAUACUCAGUAGUAUCUUUCCUACUUAUACAAUGUCUUUUAUACAGUUGUCUAUAUCUGGAGUUUGACUGAAUAGCUCUUUGUUCAUUGCAGGGUCCUUAAUGUGAUUGAUUAAUAAGAACUUGUACUUCAGUUGGUAGUCUUGUACUAAAUGUCAAAAUUUCCCUUAGUGUUUGUAUAUACUAAAUACGAUAUGACAUACAUUUAUAAUUAGCACUAUGUAGUGUUGUUCUAUGGGACCGUAUUCGUACGAUAUCGUGUUCGAUAACGAGCACGAUCUAUAUAUUAUAUAUAUAUAACUUUGCACUUUAGUACCAUUUUAUACAUUUCCUACGGUUGUCGCCUGUGGAUAGGUUGGGGUUUCUUGUUGGGAAUUAUGUGUACACUGUGUACAAUUGCCGUCGAGUGAACUGCGUGACGCAGGCUGAAACAUCGCUGUGAAUACUUCGAUUGCGCAGUUGGUCUGAGUUUUCAUCGCGAUGGAGAAAACGCCUUCGUCUGCCGCCAGUCUGCCCUUUUACCUCACCACAACUAAAGUUGCACGUUUUAUCAAAUUUUAUAUUUACUAUUUUAAUAAACACUCUAACAAUGAUCAGCUCUAGUAGAGCAAACUCAUUAGUCAUUACUUAGUAUGUGGUUGUGGGAGGUCGUCGAACAAAAUGCAAGUUCGAUUUAUCUGUAUGUGGUAUACAUUCUAUACUCUAUUUUCAUGUUUACAGAGCGUGAUCGAUUGUCGUAUGCUGUUUAUAACAAUCAUUUUUAAAACAUUAUACAAGAAUUUUUAAUUAUUCUUAUUCCGUCUAUAUCAAACUGCAACCAAACUUAUUAAAAUUAUAUUUAACAUUUAUUCUUUUAGUAAAUACUACAGUUGGAAACAGUAACAUGAAGGAUAUAACUAUUUGCUACUUAUAGCUGAGAAAAGUUUUGGCACUUACAAGAGAAAGAGUACUUGAAGAAAUUUCCUGUUUCGCUUACGAAGACUUUGUAUAAGUUUUGUUUUUAUUUUUCUAUAUUGAUUUUAGUAUAAUUAAUUCACAUUCCAAUGAAAAUCUUCAUUAUUUUUCACAUUUCCAUUGGUAUAAAAAGACUGCUUUUAUGUUUAAAUUGUUAAGUUUAAAGGAUGAAUAUAAAUUUUAUGUUUAAAUAAUGCAUUUAAUGCUGUAUUGUAGUUUCCUUUCUAGCGUGGUUUGUUUAAAAUAAUUUUAUAUCUUUACUUUUCAGUUAUUAGGAAAGUUAGUACUCUUUAGUUAACAAUAGUAAAAUGGAUACGUUCAUUACGAUCUCAGCGGAAAAUAAUUGUAUGCCUCCACAAUUAGAUUAUCGUGAAGUAACGACUUGGUAUGUUGUCUAUGUAUUUCAUAUGGAAAUUCGGUUUCUUAACCACGAAACCCUUAAUUUAGUAUUUUAAUGUGUAGUAUGUAUUCUCCCAAAGACUUGUGAGCUUCAUUUCACUUCUACUAUGGCUUAGAUAAAUGCAAUGCGAUCUCUAUGUUAUCGUUAUAAAAUGCGUUAAACAAUCUCAAAUAGAAGUUGUUUUUCGGACAUCUAUAUGUAUUAUUGAAAAGAGCUACUCGUAUUUACAAGGGAAUAUAAAUUAAUUAUUUUCGAAGAAGCCGGAAGAUGUUACUCCACUUAGCAACCUGGUAGGUAGGUGGUAGCAUGCCCCAGGUAGUAUAGAUGUCCAACUUUUACUUUCUAUUUAUCUACCAUUACCUGUAUAUGGCGACACGAUUAGUUUAUAACGAUAAGAUCCUUAUGAGUAUUAGGUACCUGCUAAAAUACAGUGUAAUGUGGAUGGUAUCGAGAGCUAUCUUUAGCACUUUGCGUUAAGAUAAUAAAAUUCUGAUAACAUGGAAUGUCCAAAUUGUCCAGCUUUAUGUAAUUAAAAUGCACCAAAAUAAUUUUCUAAGCUACCUACUUAAUAAAGCUAACAAAACAGCUGUGAUUAUUUUUUUUUUCCAAAAUAAUAAUUAAAAAUCUAUGUUAUUAAACAUAGUAUUAUCAAAUAAAGCUUGGACAAGUUUAGUAUUGCUUAAUCAAGUAAUAAAUGGCGCUGAUUCCGAUACACACCAUUUAGGUUUUUUUUUUAAUUUAUACCUAUCUUUUUCUUAUAAUCCGUCGAAAAGGAAAGGGACGGGUAUUCGACAGGCAUAAUAUUUAUGGAACACACGUCAAUUUUAGACAGAAAUUAAAAAAAACCCUUCCGAAAUUUUAUGUUGGUCUUUAACCCGACGGAAUAAAGUAAACAGCACUCGUCAAACGGAUUGCAUAUGAGCGAGAUGCCUUUUUUAGUCGACCGGGUUAUUUCAUUUUAAAGUUAACAAUUGUCAACCAUCCGUCGCUUUCCCUUUCGACGAAUAAGAAAAUGACGGGUAUAACUUAAAAUUAGGAAGUGCCUGCAGGAAUCGGGGCCCUUGUCACUUUUUAAUAAACGGAAUGUUUUUUUUUAUUUCGUACUUUUGUAUUUAUACUGACAUGUCAGUACACAAUUACCAGUCAAGGAAAUUAUUUGUUGUUGUGGCUUCUGUAAUUAGUUGUUAUCGAUGACAUUAAUGUGUACGAGUAAGAAUAAUCAUUUGUCUUGUCUCUCACUUACAGUUGACGUUAAGAUUCCUAUAUGAAUAUUUUAACUAUGAUUCUGAUAAAUAUAAUUUUUGUCUGUAUAA